AUGAAUACCAGAUCAGCUAUAUUAUGGCUAUCUCUAUGCCCUAUUGUAAUGUCAAUGGGCAUCAACAUGUUAGAUGUGAGCUCGAUGGAGCCUUUAACUGUUAAUUAUUGUAACAACAGUGAAUUGCUUGAACAAGCUGGUUUAAUCCGAUCUGGCAUGGGUCAGUUUCUUGGAUAUGAGUGCAGUCAAGACUUCUAUCACUGCCGGUGGCAGAGUGACGGUUUCCGAACUUAUAAGAAAGAAUGUAAAACAGGCCUUGUUUAUGAUGUGUUGGGAACCCAAAACUGUAAUUAUGAUUAUAAUGUGAAAACGUGUGGAAUGAGUGGAAGAGGUCCUCAGUCAUGUAAUGGAACGGAUUUCCAUUGCCCUCUGAGUGGAAAAUGUGUUCCUUUAUCGAAGCGUUGUGAUGGGCACUAUGAUUGUGAAAUGGAAGAGGACGAACAGAACUGUCCAUUAUGUACAGCAGGAGAAUUUGCUUGUAUAAUCUCAGAACAAUGCAUUCCACUCGAUCGUCGAUGUAAUGGAAUAUCCGAAUGUAAUGAUGGAACAGAUGAAUUAGAUUGUGAUGUUUGUGGUCAUGGACUAUUCCAUUGUCCCAAAAGUGGUGAAUGCAUUCAAAUUGACGAACGAUGCGAUGGUCGACGACACUGCCCGCAUGGCGAAGAUGAAAUGCUGUGCAAAAAACCCUCCACAGACACCAAAUUCACUUGCCAGUCUCGUGAUCAUCAAAUCGCGAUGAACCAAGUGUGCGAUGGAGUACCUCAAUGCCCUGAUGGCUCAGAUGAAGCUUACUGUGAAGUUCCCGCUUCACAAGGCUUAUCUGGGUCUUUCUCAUCAAUCCCAAGCUCUCCUUCUGUAGGUCCUCCAGCCCCUCAGCCUUCUUUUGUCAAGCCUGUUGUUCCUCUCAUCAACAAGAAUAUUAAAGAAGAUGAGGAUUAUGAAUAUGAUGAACACGAAGAGAGUCCAUCUUUCCCAAUGCUCCCUAUAAUGACUAUGCCUCCAGUACAAUCCACCCAACCCCCAGCCAGACCUAGUGUUAGAUCAAUGUCUCGAAUCGUCAACCCACAAGAAAAAGUGGAAAUCUCAGUUAUGCCAGAAAAGCAAAUACCUCGCCAUUUAAUUACUCAACCAGUUCAUAUUUCAGUUACAGCGCGUCCAUCUAUUCCUCCGUCAACAACCAGAAAAGUUAAGAACCAGUCGAAAAUGACGAGUCGGCCAUUCGAGCAGCCAAGUACUGCUCCGAGACUAUCUACAACAAGAAAAGCCGUUCAUCAACCGCAAGUAACAACUGCACAUUCAGUAAUGGUUAAAGUAACUUCCCCACCUGUGCCAGCGACAAUAUCACAACAAAACAUUUUACAAUCAAUAGGUUCUCAGCUCAAUAAUGGAAUGUCUCCCGAAUUAUUAGCCAAAAUUGAAAAACUUUUGGCAGAAGCCGAAAAUUCGGCGAAUAAAAGACGCAAGCCCGUAACAAAUGGACGAGAUGCUGGCUUGUCUCCGGCAGCUUUAAUGCGAACCUUUUCAUCCAGAGUUCAGAAGCAAAACAAUUAG